AUGACAAGAUUGACUCAGAAGGAGGUUCCCUUCCAAUGGUCUUAUGGUUGCGAGGAGAGCUUUCAAAGGCUCAAGGCUUUGUUGACUGCGGCUCCGAUUUUGGCACUGCCCGUGGAGGGCAAGGACUACUCUGUUUAUUGUGAUGCAUCUCGUAUUGGUUUGGGCGUUGUGUUGAUGCAGGAGGGCAAGGUCAUCACCUAUGCCUCUAGACAGUUGAAGGUUCAUGAGAGGAACUACCCUACGCAUGAUUUAGAGUUGUUGACAGUGGUUUUUGCCUUGAAAAUCUGGAGGCAUUAUUUAUAUGUGGUCCGUUGUGAGGUGUUCACUAAUCAUCGUAGUUUGCAGCAUGUGUUUACUCAAAGAGAUCUAAAUUCCAGGCAACGUAGAUGGAUGGAGCUCCUAAAAUAUUAUGAUAUUACCAUACUUUACCAUCUAAGUAAGGCGAAUGUGGUGAAAGAUGCCUUGAGUCGCAAGGCGGAGAGUAUAGGUAGCUUGGCGAGAUUUACAGUGUUUGAGCGUCCCUUAGCCAUGGUGGUUCAGACUCUGGCUAACCGUCUUGUCCGAUUGGAUCUUUCACAUUCGGGUCGGGUAUUUUCUUGUCUUGAGACGAGGUCUUCUCUCUUGGAGGAGAUUAGGACUAGCCAGUUUGAGGACCCUCAGUUAUGUAAGAUUCGUGACAAGGUGUUGCGAGGUGAGGCUAAGGAGGUUGUGCUUGAUAGUGAGGGGGUUACUUAUAAUGCGGAGAGGUUGGCUAAGAUCUACAUUCGUGAGAUAGUGCUGUUGCACGAGGUUCCUAUUUCUAUUAUGUCCGAUCGAGGCACUCAAUUUACUUCCCAUUUCUGGCAGACCUUGCAGGCAGAAUUGGGUACUCAGUUGGAUCUUAGUACUGCAUUUCAUCCCCAUACUGACGGACAGUCCGAAAGGACUAUCCAGGAAAAGCUUCGGGCAGCCCAAAGUAGACAAAAGAUGUAUGUGGAUCAGAAGGUCCGAGAUAUGGCGUUUAUGGUGGGGGAGCAAGUCUUGUUGAAGGUUUCACCCAUGAAGGGUAUCAUGAGAUUUGGGAAAAGGGAUAAGUUGAGUCCCAGGUAUAUCAGCCCAUUUGAGAUCCUUCGUCGUAUUGGCGAGGUUUCAUAUGAGUUGGCCUUGCCACCUGGCCUGUCAGGUGUCCAUCCAGUUUUUCAUAUUUCUAUGUUGAAGAAAUACCAUUCAGACUGGUCUUAUAUCAUUCACUGGGAUUCGGUGUUGCUAGAUGAGAAUCUGUCAUAUGAGGAAGAGCCUAUAGCAAUAUUAGAUAGGCAGGUUAGAAAGUUGCGGACCAAAGAAAUAGCCUCCGUGAAAGUUCAAUGGAAGGAUUGUCCGGUGGAGGAAGCUACUUGGGAGACCGAGGCAGAUAUGCGGAGUAGAUACCCUCAGUUAUUUGGCGGUUCAUUUUUUUUGACAAAUGACCGCAAAAAGAUCUCAGUAGCCCUGGAAUUUGAACAGUUCCAGUGGUUUGGUGAAUUUGUACCUUAG